AUGGAGGACCACCUGACGCUGCAGGGGCACAACAAGGAGAAGCGUUAUGAGUGCGACGUGUGUAGCAAGGCCUGGAAGCACCCGUACCAGCUGGAGAUCCACCAGCGGGUGCACACGGGAGAACGCCCCUUCGACUGCUCCGACUGCGGCAAGACCUUCAAGACGGCGCAGGUCCUGAAGACCCACCGGCGGGUGCACACGGGCGAGAAGCCCUAUGGCUGCUCCACCUGUGGCAAGAACUUUGCCUGGUGGUCGGGGCUACAGCAACACCAAUGGGUGCACAGCAGUGAGCGGCCCUUCACCUGCUCCGACUGCGGCAAAGGCUUCAAGUCGUCGCCGGGCCUGUUGAUGCACAGGCGCCUACACACCGGGGAGCGGCCCUACACCUGCAGCGACUGCGGCAAGGGCUUCACCCGCUCCAAAGUCCUGCUGGAGCACCAGCGCACCCACACCGACAAGCGCCCAUACACCUGCGCCCAGUGCGGCAAGGGCUACACCUGCUCCAGCUAUCUGCUGGAGCACCAGCGGACCCAUACCGGCGAGCGUUCCUUUGGCUGCUCCGACUGCGGCAAGGACUUCAAGAGGGCAGGCCAGCUGAAGAUCCACCGGCGGGUUCACACGGGCGAGAUGCCCUAUGGCUGCUCCGACUGCGACAAGAGCUUCAAGACGACGAAUGAACUGAAGAAGCACCGGCGGGUGCACAGCAGUGAGCGGCCCUUCGCCUGCUCUGACUGUGGCAAAGGCUUCAAGUCGUCCUCGGAGCUGAAGGUGCACAGGCGCCUGCACACCGGGGAGCGGCCCUACACCUGCAGCGACUGCGGCAAAGGCUUCAAGUCGUGCACGGAACUUAGUGUGCACAGGCUCUUGCACACUGGGGAGUGGCCCUACACUUGCAGCGACUGUGGCAAAGGCUUCAAGUCGUCCACGGACCUGACGGUGCACUGGCGCGUACACACCGGGGAGCGGCCCUUCACCUGCUCCGAUUGCGGCAAAGGCUUCAAGUCGUCCACGGAAUUGAAGGUGCACAGGCGCCUGCACACCGGGGAGCGGCCCUACACCUGCAGCGACUGCGGCAAGAGCUUCACCCGAUCCGGCAGCCUGCAGGCGCACCAGCGCACCCACACCAGCGAACGCCUCGAAGGGAGCUUUGCCCGGUUGUCGGGACUGCGGGUGCACCGGCGGGUGCACAGCAGUGAGCGGCCAUUCAUCUGCUCGGACUGUGGCAAAGGCUUCAAGUCGUCACCGGAUCUGUUCAUGCACAGGCGCCUGCACACCGGAGAGCGGCCCUACACCUGCAACGACUGUGGUAUGGGCUUCACCCGCUCCAACAUCCUGCUGGUGCACCAGCGGGUGCAUGCCAGCAACCGUCCCUUCCACAGGCCCUUCGACUGCUCCGACUGCGGCAAGGAAUUCAAGAGGGCACACCAGCUGAAGAUCCACCGGCGGGUGCACACGGGCGAGAUGCCCUAUGGCUGCACUGACUGCGGCAAGAGCUUCAAGACGAUGUAUGAGCUGAAGAUCCACUGGCGGGUGCACAGCAGUGAGCGGCCCUUCACCUGCUCCAACUGCGGCAAAGGCUUCAAGUCAUCCUCGGAACUGAAGAUGCACUGGCGCUUGCACACCGGGGAGCGGCCCUACACCUGCUCCGACUGCGGCAAAGGAUUCAAGUCGUCCACGAACCUGAAGAUGCACAGGCGCCUGCACACCGGGGAGCGGCCCUACACCUGCAGCGAUUGCGGCAAGAGCUUCACUCAGUCCCAUCACUUGCUGGAGCACCAGCUCACCCACACCGGCCAGCAUCCCUUCACCUGCGCCCAGUGCGGCAAGGGCUGUUUAGGCGCCAUUGCUGUCGAUGGAGAGACGGGGAUGCGAGCGGCCAUUGAGGGCGGCCAGGAUGCCGCCUACUGCAGCACGAAGCACCCCUUCACCUAUGCCCAGUGCGGCAAGGGCUUCACCCGCUCCCCGAAGCAGCUAUCCCACCAGCAGGUACACAUCUGUCCCUUCACUAGGUCAUUCGGCUGCUUCGACUGCUGCAAGGACCUCAAGACAGGGUAUGACCUGAGGGCCCACUGGCGAGUGCACACGGGCGAGGAACCCUUUGGCUGCUCCACCUGCGAGUUUGGCGUAGUCAGCAGGAUCCCAAUUGUAACGGGAUUUGAACGAUUACAUGGGGAAAUAAAAGGGAAUGAUAAAAUAGUCCCCACUGAAAGAGGGACAGGGGGCUUCCCAGAGAAGGGGCAGUCGGAGCAGGUGAAGGGCCGCUCACUGCUGUGCUAUCCGGCCGGUGACUCACACUGA